UUUUUUGCGUUCCAUUGGGCGCCAUUCUAUCAACCAGAACAGAACGAGAAAGAGAGGCAGAAUGCUACUCACAACACCUGAUUACUUUUCUACCCCUCUUGCGCAGUCUCUAUCUUCCUCCUGUUUUUCAUUUCGUUGCAAACCCAUCAAACGCUUCAAUUUGAUCGAUUCACACAACAGAACUCGAACGUUUCGACGCUGUAAAGCGAGUAUGAUCACCAAUCCCGAUUCUUUCGAAGUCGGGAGGCUCAUCGGCAGCUAUGGUUUCAUGAACAUCACUAGUUACUCGGGGUUCCAGUCUGGGCUGGACAUUGGGAACCCAUCAGAAGAUUUUGGGCGUUUGAGAGUUCAAGAUGUAGGAGAAGGCACUGUGAAGAUCAGGCUUUAUGAAGGAAGAAUAGCUCAGGGUCCACUUAGAGGGACUUCAGUUAUUUUUAAGGUAUAUCCUGGAAAACAAAUUGGUGGUGUUGAGGCUGACAUGAUGGCUGCUAAUGAACUAAAUGCUCAUGCUUCUCUUCAAAGCAGUUCUAAAUCUAUGCAGUAUCUCCAAAUACUUCUCGGUGGUUUUGAGACAAAAACUGGAGAGCAGUGGCUCGCUUUUCGUAAUGAUGGGAAAUACAGUGCCGCAGACUAUGCGAAAGUUGCAAGUGAAAAAAUAUCUAAGGAACGUGCCUUAGGAGAGCAGAAAUUUUGGAAUCCUUUUGAACAAGAGCUAGCUAUAAAGCGCAGAAGAUAUUUUAUCAUUAAAUUGCUUCAGGGUGCCAUACGAGGCCUAUCCUACAUGCAUGAUCAUGACAGAUUACACCAGAGUCUUGGACCUGCUUCUGUUGUUCUCAAUACGAUGUUUGAGAAAGAGGCUGCUUAUCUUGUUCCACGGCUCCGGGAUCUUGCCUUUUCUGUUGAUAUACGAUAUUCAUACCUAGAGGAAGGUUCAGGAACACUCUCAGAAGGACUUUGGAGGCGAGCAUCUGCUGCUGGUGCAUACACUGCUAUGGAGAAAAGAGCAUUUGGAAUGGCAGAUGACAUAUAUGAAGCGGGUCUUCUUUUUGCAUACUUAGCUUUUAUUCCAUUUUGUGAAGCAGGAAUCAUGGAUAACCUCUCAUUGCAAAGGCUUCUGGAAAACACUUUCCAGCUUGAUCUCGAGGCUGCAAGAGAUUACUGUUUAGCUGAUGACCGUUUGUUAGAAGCUGUCAAGUUUCUGGAUCUUGGUGAUGGUGCUGGUUGGGAACUACUGCAGUUAUUUCCCUUGCUGCAGGCAAUGCUGAAUCCUGACUUCCGAAAACGGCCAAUUGCAGAAGCUGUGUUGAACCAUCCAUUCAUGACCAGUGCUGUUCUUUGAGUACUAGGAGUUGAGUAGUAGAUUAAUAUAUUCGUGAAUAUAGCUUUUUUUAGGUUGGCAAAUAUCACAUUCAUAGAACAAAAUUAUUAUUUUUUAUGUUCAUUCUUUGUAAUUUUACCCCCUUCUGGGGUAUGUGCUGCAAAGCUGUAAUAGUGUUCUCAUUGGCCAUACAGGGAGAGUUUCAUGUA